GCUGCCGCCCCUUCAGAGCCCAAAGAGCACAGGACAACUUGUGGAGAUGGAAAGUGUGCAGGAGACGGGAAAAAAGACAUCGGAGGCAGAGGCUGAGAAGGCAGGAGCCUCACAACCAGGAGCAGCCCUGAGACUUGGAAAGCUGGAGCUGAGGGAAGAAUGGCAGGAUGAGGAGCUUCCUAGAUUGCUUCCUGAGGAGCCUGGCCUGUCUGGAGACCCUGAAGACCCUCAGAGAGACUCACAGGCAGGCACCCCCAGCACGCUGGCCCUGUGUGGCCAGCGCCCUAUGCGGAAGCGUCUCUCUGCCCCAGAAUUACAGCUGAGUCUGACUGAGGGAACAGGAGAAAAUGGAGCCUCCCCAACUGGCUCUGCAUCUCCCUCUUCUGAUGGCAGCUCGGACCUGGAGGUGGAUGAGUUGGAGACGCCUUCGGACUCCGAGCAGCUGGACAGCGGACAUGAGUUUGAAUGGGAAGAUGAUUUGCCUCGGGCAGAGGGCCUGGGGGCCAGUGAGGCAGCAGCCAGGCUGGGCCGCGCUUGUGUCUGGGACGUGGCUGGAGAAGACGGCCAUCGCUGGAGAGUGUUCCAAACAGGACAGCGAGAGCAUCGGGUGGACAUGACCACCAUUGAGCCCUAUAAGAAAGUGCUGGCUCACGGAGGUUACCAUGGCGACGGCCUCAAUGCUGUUAUCCUCUUUGCUUCCUGCUAUCUACCCCAAAGCAGCAUUCCCAACUACACCUAUGUCAUGGAGCACUUGUUCAGGUAUAUGGUGGGAACGUUGGAGCUGCUGGUAGCUGAAAAUUAUCUGCUGGUUCACUUGAGUGGAGGCACCAGCAGGUCCCAGGUGCCGCCUCUGGCCUGGAUACGCCAGUGUUACCGUACCUUGGAUAGGAGGCUCCGGAAAAACCUUCGAGCCCUGGUGGUGGUCCAUGCCACGUGGUAUGUGAAGGCCUUCCUGGCACUGGUUCGGCCCUUCAUCAGCUCCAAGUUCACACGAAAGAUCCGGUUUCUGGACAGCCUUGGAGAGCUGGCCCAGCACAUCUCCCUAGAUCAAGUCCACAUACCUGAGGCAGUGAGACGGCUGGACCAGGAUCUCCAUGGCUCGAAGGGCACCUAACACAGAACUGGCCAAAGAUCAUGGCCAGUCUGCACACUGGAGCUCUGUGUGUCAUCUUGUCCUGAACUCCAGUUCCACGGGACCCUCCCAGUGUGACACUUUCUUCUGGACACUGCCUUCAAGCUGGGAUUUGAGGGCGUGGCUUGCAUUUCGGCUGC